UUGGUCGGCAACAAGCACAAACAAUUUAACGGCCCAAAAUAAUUAAUUGAGCCGUUCUCCGAUGGAAACAAACUCAACGUCUCAAAGCCAGUACGAGUAAUAUAAAAUCGUUAUGACAACCACCGUCACCGUGACACGUGUUCCAUUGAUUUUCUCCGGUCAUUUUCCUAAUAAUAAAAACGGGUGUGCUUCACAAUCGGCCGUACACUUUUUAGGUAGCAGUAGCACUAGUAGUGCUAGUCGUAGCUCAUUUUCUUCGUCACUAACAACAACAACGCGCAUAAGGAGAGCAGGGUUCGCUGUAUUAGCUUCAAAUUCAAUGGCUCCAAGCAUUGUCCUUGUCACCGGAGCUGGUGGCAGAACUGGUUCCAUAGUUUAUAAGAAACUGAAGGAGAGGUCUGAACAAUAUGUUGCAAGGGGUUUGGUAAGAACUGAAGAGAGCAAGGAGAAAAUUGGAGGAGCUGAGGAUGUUUUUGUUGGGGAUAUAAGGGAAUCCGAAAGCAUCAUUCCUGCGAUCCAAGGAAUUGAUUCUCUGAUCAUCCUGACAAGUGCAGUGCCAAAGAUGAAACCUGGGUCUGAUCCAUCCAAAGGCAGGCCUGAGUUCUAUUUUGAAGAUGGAGCAUUUCCUGAGCAGGUUGACUGGAUUGGUCAGAAAAAUCAAAUAGAUGCUGCUAAGGCCGCAGGAGUUAAGCAAAUUGUGCUGGUUGGAUCUAUGGGUGGAACAAACCUAAAUCAUCCCUUGAACAGUUUGGGUAAUGGGAAUAUACUGGUUUGGAAGAGAAAGGCUGAGCAGUAUCUGGCCGACUCUGGUGUUCCAUACACAAUUAUAAGGGCUGGAGGCCUGCAAGACAAAGAAGGAGGUGUCCGAGAAUUACUUGUUGGAAAAGAUGACGAGCUUCUUCAGACAGAGACAAGAACCAUUGCCAGAGCUGAUGUUGCAGAAGUCUGCAUUCAGGCACUACAGUGCGAAGAGGCUCAAUUUAAGGCAUUUGAUCUGGCCUCAAAACCAGAGGGAACUGGCACCCCAACCAAUAAUUUUAAGGCUCUCUUUUCUCAAGUCACUGCUCGUUUUUGAUUUGUGAAGGGCAUUACUACAUGAGAUUUAUGUGCCUAGUUUCCUUCAAUGUUGUUCGUCAAGUAUUUUGAAUUAUGGAUACGUGUGUUUCCAAGGAUUUUAAACUGUAGAUCUUUUCCUUUCCCUUUGCAAUAACGUAUGAAAAGACCAGUUAACGCAGGUAAAACAUAAAUUGAUGUAUGAAAUAAAAGAUGUAUAACGUUGGAUUAUAAAGUCAAGUCUUAAAUUAAUACAA